CGCAGAGUAGCCAUGAUUGCGCAUUGCAGCACUCUGCCGCCGCGCGUCCCGCUUGGUCCGGACGUAAACGCACUUGAAGACGCGUGACGAGAGAUCGCGAGCUGCAUUGUUACGUUGUUGGCGGAAACCAAAGACCAGGAGGCACGGGUGGGAGACAGCCUGCCUCCCUCGCCGACACCUGGCGUCUGUUCAAGGGCGCGGCGAGGCACGCGGAAGCAUGGCCCGGCGCUCGAGCCUCGCGGCGGCCUUAGUGCUCGCCGUCGUAGCACUCCUCGCGCCCGCGGAGGCCAAGGGCAGCAAGGGCGUCCGCCGCAACUCGGCGCUGCACGGCAAGCCGCGCAAGAAGGGACGACGGCCGCCCCCGCGGAAGAAGAAGCGCCGCGAGUACGACUACGACGAUGACGACGACGACGACGACGACUUCGGCGGCGGCUCGCGGCAGAUGACGUACUACAAGCCGCGGCGCAAGCCGACGGGCCCGUCGGUGCUCCAGCGCGCGCAGGCCAUGGCCAAGGAGGCAAGCGCGCGGGGCCUGGAGAUGUCCAAGGUCGCCGCCUCGCGCGCCAAGGACCUCGCGGCCGAGGCCGCCGUCAAGGGCCAGGAGGCCUCGCGGCUCGCCAAGGCCUACUACAGCUCCGAGUACGAGAAGUUCCUCCUGACGGCGACGUGGCCGUCGGACCAGCGCGUCUCGCCGCAGCUCGCGAAGCGGCUCGUCGAGAGCGUCGCGCGCUUCCCCGCGCGGCCGCACGCGCUGCCCGACGACGACCCGUACCGCGUGACGCUGCGCAAGCUCUGGAAGAAGAUGAUCGAGCGCGACUGGCGGACCACGCAAAAAGCUUUGUACUUGCUCCACGCCCUGUCGCGGUCGACGCCCACCAAGAACGCGCGCGCGCUCUCGCGCACGCUCAAGUCCAUGGUCGGCGACGCCGACCCGAAGACGGGCCGCAAGUACUUCUCGCGGCGGGAGCUCGUGGCGCUGCGGGGCGACGACGGCGCCGAGCGCGGCGCCGUCGUCGACGCGUACGCCGGGUUCGUGCUGCGGCGCGCGCUGCUCUUCGCGGGCAAGUUCGAGGACGUCGCCGCGCCGAAGAAGAAGAAGAAGCCGGCCGCCGUCGAGGAGUGCCCCGCCGACGUCAUUAACGAGGCGACGCUGAAGCGGGCGCAGAACGCGCUGCUCGUGACGGAGCACGCGCUGACGUUCCUGCGCGCGGCGCUCGACGACCCGGACCCGCGGCGCGCGCACCUCGUCGUGGUGUCGUGCGUCGAGCUGGUGGUGGCCGACCUCGUGGACGGCUGGGCCGCGGCGCGCGACGCCUGCGGCGCGCUCGCGGCGGCGCUCGCGGCGGGCGCGGCCGGCGACGACGCCGCCGCCGCCGCCGCCGCGCUCGCCAAGUACGCGGCCCUCAAGCCGCGCGCCAAGAAGGCGGCCAAGGCGUCGCUGAAGACGCUGCGCUUCUUCGACCUGCGCGUGGCCGCGACCAUCGGGGACACGGACGUCGACGCGGCCAUCGACGCCGCGCUCGCGGCGCGCGGCGGCGCCGCGGCCGCCGCGGCCGACGCGGCGGCCGCGGCGUCGGCUGACGACGGCGAGGCCGAGGCCGAGGACGACGAGGACGACGAGGCGGACGACGAGGACGACGACGACGACGAGGAGGAGGACGACGACGACGAGGCGCGGACGCGGCGUCGAGUCGCCUUCUAA